CAAGCCUAGCGGCAGCAUGGGUGUCGCACUGUUUGGCGUCGGCGCCUGCUACUUUGAGUGCGUGCGUGCGCUGUGCAAGUGUUUGCGGAACUAAACUACACCUUUCGGAUUAUUGUGCUCUCCUCUUCACAUUCCAUUUUUGAGACAGAUGUCGGCGCUGGUGUGCGAGCGGGCAGCGCGCGACGGCCUGAAGCUGUCGCUGAACCGGUCGCUGUCGGAGCCGGCGGGCAGCAACAAGCGCUGCAAGCUGGACCCGCUCAGCCUGCCCGCGACCCCCAGCCCGUGCACCGAGGCGCAGCCGCUGCUCGCCAGCGCCGUGCAGAUCGUCUACCCGGACGCCCUCGCCGCGCGCCUCGUCCUCGGCGGCGACAAGCCGCUGGUGGUGCUGGACCUGCGGCCGUUCUUCUCGUUCAACGUGAGCCACGUGCGCGGCGCCGUCAACGUGAACUGCUCUGACCGGUUCAACCGGCGGCGGCUGCAGCACGGCAAGGUGUCGCUGGCGGAGCUGGCCGGCAGCGCCGAGGGCCGGCAGGCGCUGCGCCGGCCGCCGGGGGAGGUGGUCGUCGUGUCAGACGACUGCCCCGACGCAGAGGCCGGCGCGGGCCGCAUCUCGGCCGCCAGCGCGCUGCACCUCGUCGUCAGCAGCCUGCUCGCCGACGGCUGGCAGCCCGUCUACCUCGUCGCGGGCGGCCACAAGGAGUUCCAACGGCGGCACUCUGCGCUGUGCGAGAACGCGCUGCUGUGCGCGGACGGCGACGCGGAGUCGUCGUCUGCGGCGGAGCGCGUGGAGGAGGCGCCCGCGUCGCGCGUGCUGCCGUUCCUCGUGCUGGGCAACGCGCGCGACGCGCAAAACCUCGACUGCCUGCGCCGCCUGGGCGUGACGCGUGUGCUCAACGUGACGCAGCAGCUGCAGCCGCCGCCUGCCGCGCCAGACAUCUCCUACAAGCAGCUGCCCGCCGCCGACUCCACGCACCAGAACAUCAAGCAGUACUUCGAAGAGGCCUUCGACUUCAUCGAGGAGGCGCGCAAGACGGGCACGAGCGUGCUGGUACACUGCCAGGCCGGCAUCUCGCGCUCCGCCACCAUCGCCAUCGCCUACAUCAUGAAGCACAAGCUGCUGAGCAUGGUGGACGCGUACAAGCUGGUAAAGUCGGCCCGGCCCAUCAUCUCGCCCAACCUCAACUUCAUGGGCCAGCUGGUGGAGCUGGAGCAGUGCCUGAGUCAGCGGUCGUCGCCGGCCGCCGCCGCCAAGACGCCGGAGGCGGGCCCCGCCGCGGGCCUGGCCGCGGAGGCGGCACAGGAGCAAGCCGCCCCCGCAAGCGCCCCCGCCCCCACUGCCGCCAUCGCCGCCGCACCGUCGCCCGCGCCGGCAGCCGCAGAGCCGCCCUGGAGCCGCCACAAGCCUGCGUGCGUCGCCUGAACACCAUCGCCACGUCUCCGCCCGCACCGGAGCCACCGUGUGGUUUUUUAAUCUAGUCGUUUCCUGUCAUGAGAAAAAAGGCUGUGUUUACAAACUGUUUGUGUGUGUGUGUAUGUGUGUAUGUAGGGGGGCGUGCGCGGUGCGGCGGGACGCGGUUAGAGAUUCUAUCUCCGCCAGUGCUAGUGGCCGUUUUCUGCCUACUCGAACGCUCUCCACAGAGUUGUGUAAGUACAAGGUGUAUGUGUAGCCAUGAAGAAGCUGGACGUGAGCUGUAAAGAUCGCGCGUACUGACGCUGUGCAGUGCUCUUGUGAAGUGUCGUGGAGACCUGCUCCACCCUGGAAAUACGUGUCGGAGCUUUAGAGCUUUAAAAUUCCGAAACUUUUACUUUCCCCACAAAGUUUUCAUUGUGCUAUUUAGUUCGACAGCUCUUCUCGAAAGCGCAUCUACUGGCAAAUCUAGGUUUGUAGACGAAGUGUUAGUUUUUUAAUAGCUGUGUUUGAAAGAUUCACAAUAAGCUCUGUAGAUUUCCGUAUUCAGAUUACCGUCUAGUGUUUGUGCUGGACGUGAGGAUGUGUGGAAUGUCUGUCUUUGGCCUGAAAAUGUCUGUACCCUUCUGUUCUAACAGAACAUUUCUUUUGCAGUUCCUCAAUACUUCUAAACCCCUGUAACUGGUUGUCAGAGCCACACGUUUGCCACCCUGUGUAUUGUAAGAGGGCACCGUGGAGAUUCUGUGGGGUAUAGAACGGCAGUGGUUUGCGAAAAACUGUUACGGUGAGAUAGUAAUAGUGUCACAGAUAGUGAUUCGUAUUACUGCCGUAAAGACUGGACCAGAGGAUCCUGUACAUCAGAUUGCUGUUAUCCUUCAUUUUUGCUCCAAUUUUGUUGUAGCCAUAUUUAUUGACAAAUAGAAAAUUGAUAUAUGACUGGCGAAUGUCAUAUACACGUAUUUCAGAAUAUUUAUAAAAGUAUGCCUCAAUAUAGUGCCGAAUUGGACACGGGUGUCCUCCGCAAGUGUGGCUGUGGCUGUACCUCUUGAGCUCUAGCAUUUUUCUACAGACGUUACUUAGUCACGCUACAGUGAGUUGUAUAACUUCACGAUUUCACUUGAAUAUAUUGUUGUAGAGUAAUGUAACUGCUUUGUGCUGAAAGUAAUGUUAUUGUGCGUGACUGAAAAGAAUGCAUUUUUAUUCUGAAUUUUGACGAAUGGGAACUUGUUUACUUACAAAUGAACGCCUUUGGAGCUAUAUCAAAAAUAGCUCAGAAUGGUUUGUCAGGACUGUAUUUCCCAUAAGGUUAAACUGUACUUAGGCUGCGGAAGAGUUUAUUUAAGCACUGUAACAUAGUUAGAAUAUUCUGACCUUUUGGGUUAUUAAGUGACUUUGUCCGUGAUGUGACUGCAGAUUUGUCAGCGUUGCUGUAGGCUUUAAAAUGUAUUGAACAUUUUUCAUUUGGCUUAUGCCAUAAUAAACUUCCUGUGGUGUGAAUGCAUUCUGUGGAUCCACUAUUGGGUGUAUUACUGAAACCUUGGGUGUAAAAGUUCUGAAGAUGUUCAGAGUGAUAUGCUAUGUAAUAAGCCUUGUAUGUAGGAAUCAUGUAUUUAGUGAGGUGUGUAACUCUUCUUUUACCAUCAAAUGUGUAUGCUUCAUUGUAUUGCCACAAUUAAUCCAAGAUUCAGUAUUUUUCAUUGAAAAUAGAUGCACAUAUUUUGUUAAAACUGAUUUUGUGCCUUCAUCUGUCAGCUGAGUGAUAAGAUCUGCUGUACAGUGUAUUUAUAUUUGGAAGUUGAUUAGCUGUGUCUGCAUGGUCGUCAUUCCAGUGGAGAAAUGUUUAUAAAUGUUAAUUGAAAUAUAAAGUAAUUUGAUCUUA